AUGUCUAGCCCAGAGCUUCCCACAGCUUGCUUCUCGGAGUCUCAUGUCGGCGAGAGAGCAAGGCAUGUCAGGGUUGAUCUUGGGCUGAUCCCGCGCCUCCUCGGAAGCCAAGCCGCCUCCCCCGCUGAUCCGAUCGAGGGACACCAACCUCCCUUGCGGAAGCGCCAGCCGCCGCAAGCAACACCAACCUCCUUUGCGAUCUGCGGGGAUGCUGCUGCUUCUGCAAGCGCGACGCACCGGCUGACACCGGCGACUGGCCGCCUGACCGGUCUUGGUCUGGUGCAAGCCGGGUUUGCGCGGGAUCACAACAGCGACCACAGCGGAACGGCUUGUUGCACGAUCCGGAAUCUGUACUCGGCGCUGGUGCCGUGCAAGCGCCUUUCCGCCGGGCGAGCCAUCGUUGCACAGGCCGCGUUGGCGUGGAAGGUGACACAGGCCCAGCCCGACAGCCCACCCGGGAGGUGCCACCGCAGGGCGACACAAAGACGGUGGGGGCGCUGGCUGCUCCUGGUGCGGUCGUGCUUGGCCUUGCCGGGCCCUUGCUGGGCGAGGCACGCUCAUUGGACAGCAAGAGAUGGUGCGACCGGGCUGGCAAACAAUGCGAUCGGCUCGGAGCGCCACCCUUCUUGGGAGGGGUCAGAUGGCUGCGCAGAAGCAAGGUCGCGCCACCCGAGGCUUGUCGCCGAAGCUGCGUGGCCCGCGGACACAGCGCAUCAGGGCGGCUCGACUGGUGACACGCCCCCGGGAUGGGCCGCGCAACGCGCUUGGGCUGUGGGUCGGACGGCGCAUCCUUCAGGUCAACAGGGGCACCCCCGCGACAAGCCUCCGCGCUUCUGA